GAAGGCGCGGGCCCCGCCCCUCGCCCCGCCCCCUCGCGCAGGCCCCGCCCCUCGCCGGCGCCGAGCGGGACCCGGGGGCGGCGGUCGCCCAUGGGCCGCGGCCCGGUGCCGCCCACCGACCGGAGGCGAUGACGGAGGAGCGAGACGUCCGGUUCAUCACCGAGGAGAGGUUCGACUUCGGCGCCCUGUCCCCCUCCGACAGCCGGGAGGAGGAGGAGGAGGAAGAGGAGGAUGAGGAGCCCCCGGGGGGGGGCGCGGGCGGGCGCUGGAGCCCCCUGAGCGGGGCCCGGCUGGAGGAGAUGGUGCGCGAGGCCACGCGGCUGGCGGCCCAGCUGCAGCAGUGCCGCCUGCCCCCCCUGGCCCCCGGCCCGCAGGGGGGGGGGGGCAGCCCCCGCAGCCCCCGCCGCGAGACCUUCGUGGUGAAGGACAGCCCCGUGCGGGCGCUGCUGCCCACCGUGCCCCCCGCCCGCCAGGACACCCCCGGCUGUCACCCCCCACCGGCACCCAAGGGACCCCCACCUGGGGGCAGGGGGACCCUUGGCCGGGGCGGCCCCCCCCGGCUGUGCCCCCCGCGUGGGGCAGGGGCUGCGGCGCGGGGCAAGUCCGAGCCCCUCCGGAAAGGGACGGCAGGCCAGCCAAAGGCGAGGGGUGGCGGUGCUGCCGCCCCCCCGACCCGUGCACCCCGCGCCAGGGCCACCACCGCUGCCGUCCCUGUCCCCAGCAGCCGCCCCCCCCCGCCCAGCGCCAUCCCCAAGCCCCCCGGCCGGGCUGGGACGUUGGGGACGGCGCCGGGCGGGAGGGGACCCCCGCGGGCCAGCGUGGCGGCACCGAGAGGUGCAGGGGCGGCCCCCGGGGGGGCUGGCUCAGGGUGCAGAGCAGCCCCCCCCGGCAGCCGCCUGCGCCCACCCCGGAAGACGACGGCCAGCAGCACCCCGCGGUGACGGGGUUGGGGCGCCCGGGGAAACCGAGGCACGGGGCAGGGGGGCAGCAGUGCCCCCCCAAAAGGAGGAGGCAGAGGCUCAGGUUGGAUUUUGCUUUAAUUACAAAAGGUUGCACCAGCAGUAGGAAACCCCCCCGGCCCCCCCCCACCCCACGCACCCAGGGGUCCCUCACCCCCCCCAGCGUCCAGCACCCGGUGCCACCCCCGCCCCGGUGGCACUGCCUGAGCCUCGUCCCUGGGGGGGGGGUGGCAAGACACCUGCCCCCCCCUCGCCGACCUGCCCCCCCCCGUGCCCCAGCACAGCCGAGGAGGGGGUGACUGCACCCCCCCCGGCCAUGUGCCCCCCCCACCCCCCUCCUGGGGGGGGUUGGCACGGUGAGGGGCCCCCGUAUAUCCUUUUUUUUUUUCUAUUUUUCAUGUAUUUUUUAAAUAAAACCCUCCAUCGGG